AUGUUUACGACAACUAAUGUAACUGCCACGACAGGAUCUGCCGGUGGUGGUCCUGUUGCUGCUGCUCUUCCAUCUUCAUUUCAACUUAUCAGUACACCAAUGAAUGGUUCAUCAUCUUCAUCAUCAUCAUCAUCUUCGACGACAUCGCCAGCUUGGCGUUUAACUUCAACUGCAACAUCGUCAUUAAUUAAACAACCAGCAGUUGUUUCAAUUAUAAAUGGUAAUAUGAAUGUAACUUCGUCAACAUCAGUACCAAUAAAUUCAACCGGUGUAACAAUGCCAACAAAUGCUAAUAUACUUUAUUUAGCAACAACAAAUUCGCAGCAGCAUAAUCCAAUAACAACUGGAAAUCUUAUUCUUCAAUCUCCGCAAACAGUACGACUCGUAUCAUCACCAUUACAUACAUCAUUAUCAGCACCAACACUUACAAUUUUAAAUAAUAGUAACACAACAAUAUUUAAUCAUCCUAGACAAAUUUUAACAUCAUCAAAUUCUCCUAGUUGUAUUUCUAAUAACAAUUUCAAACCGGGUAUUUGCAUUGAUACGCCAAUUCUGGGCCGAUUAGCACCAAUAACAAUUCAACGACAAAUUACAAAUACUUCUCAUGUCCAACAAUCCCAAGUACUGAACAUAACAUCUCAAGUUCAAAGUCAUAUUCAACGUGACGAACAGCAUCAUGCAACAAGUUCCUCUACAGUAAGUAAAGAUAAUACUAGUUUAACUAAUCCUCCGCAAGAUCAAGAAAUCGAAAUCUUCGUCAAUAAUGUUGUUUGUUCAUUUGCACUUGGUUGCAAAUUGAAUCUACGUAAAAUAGCUAUGGAAGGCACUAAUGUUAUUUACAAACGCGAACAAGCGAUGAUAUUGAUGAAGAUGCGGAAUCCAUAUUGUUCAGCCAACAUCUGGGCAUCGGGUAAAGUAACAGUAACAGGAACGACAAGUGAGGAUGAUGCACGACGCGCUGCACGACGUAUUGCUCGAUCUCUACAACGGCUCGGAUUUAAAGUCAAAUUUCGACAUUUUCGUGUUGUCAAUUGUCUAGCAACGUGUACGAUGCCAUGGCCAAUUGACAUCAUUAAAUUGAGUCGAUCCUAUUCAGAUACAGUCAAUUAUGAACCUGAAAUUCAUCCGGGAGCUACAGUCAGAUUGCCCGAAAAGGCUGUUCUUAAAGUUUUCACUACUGGUAGUGUAACAUUAACAGCACCGUGCGUUGAACGAAUCAAUACAGCAGUUAAUGAAUUCUAUCCACAACUAUUUGAAUGUAGAAAAUCAUGA